AUGGAUAAGCUUGACUUGGAGAAAGCUACUAAAGUGUGUCGAGCACACGAGAUACCAAGUGCACAGGUAAAAGAACUCCAAGGUACCAGCAGUGAGGUGAAAAUUGAUGCCUUAAAGAGGAACAACUCUCGCCCAUAUAAAACAUUUCAAAAGAGUCGGGACAAUAGACAUGUUACCGAGGGUAAUAUGGAGGCAUUCGAUUGCCGAAGUUGUGGUUUGACUCAUGCACAUCGACAGUGUCUGGUAAAAGAUGCAGCAAUUGUCAAAAAUAUGGCCAUUUCAGGAAAAUGUGUAGAAAUAAAAACGAAUGCAGUAAUAAGAAAAGAAUUUGGAGAAAAUGAUUAUGUAGUCAUUCAGGAAGGCAAAACUUGGCUACCUGCAAUAGUUACCAAAAAAUUAGAUACUCUAAGGUCUUAUAUAGUACAAAGAAACAGUAGCCACAUUAGACCAUCUCGAGGACAUCAUCAAUGA